AUGGUAUCCCUUGCCACGACUUCACGAACCCCGGCGCUUAAGGCCACUCCUGCAUUGCCUCUGUCCAAAAUGCGUACCGCUUCCUCCCCAGUCCCGAUUCUUAAAACCUCAAAGCCUGCUCCCGCUGUUGGCUCCAAGCGGAAAAUGAGUGAUGCCGACCUCACACUCUCUCCAUCCUCAUCCCAGGAGGAUGACGUCGAAGAUACCCAACCCACCAAGAAGAAGGCACGCGUGCAGUUCGACCGGGAAGUGAAAAUGCACGAGGAUACCUCGUCGGAAACAAGCUUGGCUGUUGUCCGGGAAGAGGUCCGCGGCGCUAUCCAUCGCCAUGUCGCGAUGUCUGAGAGCGAGGGCUAUGACCGCAUCAAGGGGAUUUUCACCGCCGAUCCCAAGGAGCAGGGCGAUGACGCAUUACUAGCAUACGAUAUGCCAACACACACAUGUUUGAAGAACCACCUUCUCGGUCUCCUCUCGCAUGUCGCCUCCUUGGACCGCUCGUGCAGCGGCCUCGUCAACGCCAUCAUUAGCAGCGAAUGGGUCGGUCGGGACGAAUCAUAUGUCAAGCUCUACAUCCGAUUCUUGGGCAACCUCGCUGCUGCUCAAAACUCAUAUCUCGGCUCUGUCCUAAAAAUGUUGGUCAGUAAUAUGACCAUUGUCCCUCGAGGAGUCGGUCGACUGCCUGGUUACGCUGUCGUGUCGGCGUCGGAAAUUCACACCCGAGUCCACAUGGCUUUACGCCACGUUCUACGACUUAUUCCAGCUGGUAGUGGAGCACUGUCUCCGAUUCUGUCUGCUCAAUUUCCUUCCGACGCGGACCCUGCCAGUGCCAACAUCACCUACACCCGCAACCUCAUCCAAAUGAUCGCCUACGCCCCAGAGCUUCAGUCCGAUAUCUUCGGUCUGAUCACGGAGAAGCUUGUCAAGAUCGAUGUUCAAAUCCAGGUCGAUAUGGAAGAUUUCGAAGACGAGGUCGGCGAUGAUCUCCUGCACGAAGCCAAUGAGGAGGACGAUGAGGACGAUGAUGUCUCAGUUGCCAGCGGAGAUUCGGAGGAAGACGACACCAAAGCAGCGAAGAAGAUCAAGGAAAACAUUAGCAAGGUCGACGGCAUGAUCGAUCUCCUCUUCGAAUACUUCUCCGUUCCCUUCGCCAAUGGUAGCCUGACUGACAAGGAGAAUGCGUUGGACCUUCUCCUCAGCAACUUCAAGAGCAUCAUUCUCCCAACCUACCGAUCCCGUCACUCCCAAUUUCUUCUCUUCCACUUCUCCCAAAUGUCACCCGCACUUGUCGAUCGCUUCGCUGCGACAUUCAUCCAACACAUCUUCAACAAGCUGCAGUCUGCCAUCAUUCGGCAAUCCUCGGCGGCAUACCUAGCCAGUUUUGUCGCCCGCGGCGCCCACAUCGCGCCAGAGGUCGUCCGCGAUGUCUUCGAUCUCCUACUCACACAUCUCGACAGCUUGCGGGUCGAUUACGAAAAGACCUGCCGAGGCCCCGACCUCCGCCGCUACGGCCCCUUCUACUCGACGGCCCAGGCCAUUUUGUACAUCUUCUGCUUCCGCUGGCGCGAGCUGACCACCGCAGCCGCCGAGGGCGACACACCCGACCAAGUAGACGAGCUGGAACCCAACCAGAUCGCCUUCCCGCCCAACGUGAAAGAAUUCCUCCACAAGUGCAUCUACUCCCGACUCAACCCUCUCAAGGUGUGUUCUCCGGCCAUCGUCGCCGAGUUCGCCCGCAUCACCCACCACUUCCAAUUCCUCUACGUCUACCCGCUUCUCGAGACAAACAAGCGCAUUCGCAUCACUGCCUUCAGAAGCAUCUCCACACUCGCAGACCCGCGCUUCAGCCACGUCGGUCGUGAAAUUCACGCUGGCGACAACGGCGGCUACCAGCUCGACGCUUACUUCCCCUUCGAUCCUUACCAGCUUCCUCGCAGCCGACGCUGGCUGGAAGGCGACUAUGUCGAGUGGCGUGGCAUUCCGGGACUCGACGACGCUGAUGACUCGGACAGUGGAGCUGAGGGGUCUGAUGACGAAUCUGAUGGCGAAGAUGUCACUGAGACUGAUGAAGAGUGA